GCGCUGGCAGCUGGGUGGCUCGCCUAGACUCGGCUGAGCGGAGUGAAGGGCGCACUAGGGCAGAGGCGGGCUCGUGGCGCUGUGGCAAGGGAAAGUGACGAGCUGCCUUUCGUUGCCAGCCGGGGACGAGGACACGGCGCCGCUCCCACCCAGCCGCCCACGAUCGCUAGGCGGCCAAGAUGUCAGCCGCCGGCGCCCGAGGCCUGCGGGCCACCUACCACCGGGUCCUCGAUAAAGUGGAGCUGAUGCUGCCAGAGAAACUGAGGCCUUUGUACAACCACCCGGCAGGUCCCCGGACAGUUUUUUUCUGGGCUCCAAUUAUGAAAUGGGGGUUGGUGUUGGCUGGAUUGGCUGACAUGGCUAGACCUGCAGAUAAACUCAGCACAGCUCAGUCCAGUGUUUUGAUGGCUACAGGAUUUAUUUGGUCAAGAUAUUCACUUGUAAUUAUACCUAAAAAUUGGAGUCUGUUUGCCGUUAAUUUCUUCGUGGGGACAGCAGGAGCCUCUCAGCUCUUUAGAAUUUGGAGAUAUAACCAAGAACUGAAAUCCAAAGGAAUCAAUUAAAAGAGUUUCUGAUCACCUACAACCUAGAUAUGGACAUAACCACUGGGACCUAGCUUAUUACUGAUAAGGUGAUAUUAACUGUGCUAACAUUUGGAAGGCACUAGAGAAAAAAUAAUUAACUGUAACUAUAGACUAGUGCUUAAUUCCACAGAAAAAUAAAGCAAACAUUUAAUAACAGUCUCUCUUUACAUAUAACUUUAAAGGAACCUAUCUGUGGAUAUCAUGGUUAUCAGUUAAAAAAUUUUUCUACCAUUUGUCCUUAAUAAAUCAUACUUGAUCAUUCA